AAGCAUUCGAGUUUGAUAAGAAAAAAAGCUUACGAAAAAUUGGGUACGUAUAUAGCAAAUGCGCAGGCUGACAGUCAAACAGUAGCUGUUCGUCAUCCAUGUUGGAUUGUUGAGGCAGUCACGGUACCGCGUAGAAUAUCAUGUGACCCCAUGACAUUGAUCGUGAUUCUUGAAACAGUCACGAUUGAUCUGCACCCGCCGACUUCUUUCUACGCGCCAUCUCUUUUCUGUUUAUAGAUGCGCGCAAUAACGCACUAGAGUUAACCAGGUCUCAAGAUACGUAUCUGUGUAGAUGGCGCCUGCACUCGACUCCCAAAUAGCUUUCGCGAUACAGAUCCGUUUCUAUAAAGCAUAGCGCAUCUGGGACAUGAGGGAUCCUCCAACUUCGUUGUGUAAGACAUGCGAGGUCUCAUCGCGAGAUUUGUGGCGGCUCUGCUGCUGUCGCCCCUCAGGGGGGUAGACGCGUAUGCCGUCUUCGCGCACUUCAUGAUCACGAACACCGCGUCAUGGGGCAUCGCAGACUGGGUUAGCGACAUGCAGACUGCGCAGGCGGCCUCCAUCGACGCCUUCGCGCUCAAUAUGGCUGUCGGGGACUCCGCCAACGGUCAGCUCGGGAACGCGUUCGCGGCGGCGCAGACCACGGGCUUCCAGCUGUUCAUCUCGUUCGACUAUGCAGGGAAUGGACCGUGGUCGCAGCAGAGUGUGAUCGACACGCUGACGCCCUGGAUCGGCAACGCGCAUUACUUCAAGAAGGGCAGUAGUCCCGUCGUUUCGACCUUUCUUGGCACGGCGCAGCACGGGGACUGGAAUUACAUCAAGAGUGUUACUGGGUGCUACUUCAUCCCGGUCUGGUCCUCUGUGAGCGCAAAAGAGGCGUGGGGGUAUGGCCAAGCGAACGGGUUGUUCAGUUGGGCAGCGUGGCCAACUGGCCCUGCGUCAAUGAAUACAUUCCCCGAUGCCUCGUACCUGCUGUUCAUGAACGACAACAUCGAUAACCGCCCGAACGGGACCAACUACAUGAUGCCUGUGUCGCCGUGGUUUUACACCAAUCUUCCCGGAUACAACAAGAACUGGCUCUGGAACGGGGACACGCUAUGGUUCGAUCGAUGGGACCAGGUCUUUUACACACGUCCGGACUUUGUGGAGAUCAUCACAUGGAACGAUUACGGAGAGUCUCACUACAUUGGUCCUUUGCAUUCCAGCUCUUUCGCAGCCUUCAGCAUCGGGAACGCACCUUAUAACUACGCAGAUGGCAUGCCUCACGAUGGAUGGCGCGCCUUUCUUCCUUACUUAAUCGCCACCUACAAGACCGGCAAGGCGACGAUCACCCAGGAACUGCUGACCGCUUGGUUUCGGCUCACUCCUGGGACCGCAUGCGCCGACGGAGGCACGACCGGCAACACCGCAUCUCAGCUGCAGCUUGAGUAUCCGCCGGCGCAGAUUGUACAGGACAAGAUCUACUUCGCUGCGCUCCUUGCCGCCGAAGUCGCACCCAGCGUCACGGUCGGGGGGAGCGCUGUGCCUGCCCAGUGGGACAAUCGUCCGUUCGGCGGCGUGGGCAUCUUCCGGGGGAGCGCUGCGUAUGGCGGAAGUCUCGGCUCCGUGGUCGUGACAGUAGGCGGGAUGACUGUUUCCGGCCAAAGCAUCACGAAAGUGUGCCAGGGUGGGAUCACCAACUGGAACGCCUGGGUCGGCGGUGCUACUGGCCCGAGCACAAGCGUUGCUCCAUCCUGGAGCAUCUACGAUACCAAUGCUUCGUGUGUCGCUGGAUCUAGCGUCGGCAAUUAUAUUGGCCUGUGCAGCUUCGCUUGCCAAUACGGUUACUGCCCGUACGGCUCUUGUGUCUGCAACGAGAUGGGCCUCCAGUCCAAGAGACCACCCCCAACUACGACCGCAGGAUAUCCUGCUGCCGGAUUGGAUUCGACCUACCAGGGUCUGUGCUCUUUCGACUGUACUUACGGCUACUGUCCGAUGCCUGCCGCUUGCGACACGGUCAGCCACCCACUCGCGACCGCGACAAUCUCGCCCUUCAAUCCGAAUACGUGUGUGAGCGGGCACUUCAUCUCUGAUCCAAACAUGCAAGGGUUGUGUAGCUUUGCGUGUGGGUAUGGGAUGUGUCCGAUGCACAUUUGUCAAUGUGAUGCGACGGGUCCGCAACCUGUGCUUCCGCCGUUUACCCCAUCGGCGACAGGGACGCCGGCUCCGGGUGUGACGGACGAUGGAUUGUGCAGUUUUGCUUGUGGGUAUGGUUAUUGCCCUUCCGGUGCGUGUGGUAAUGCGGGUGUUCCUCCCACUGCUACUUCUGCAACUGGACUCUUCACGGUUAUUGAAUGGGAUCCGAAUCCAUCUCCUCCGCCCGGUGCCGUAUCGGAAACCUUUGUGCAGCUUCCCGGAGUCGACACAUCUGUUGCGGUGUCGCUCAUUCCGGAAACUACAGUCACUUCGACUCGAGUGGUGACUAUCGCAGCGUACACGACCAUCGCCACAGUCUACACGAACCUGCCGAAUGGUUUCGGUUUGGUCACGACUACAGCCGUCAUUCCAGCGUCAACGACCACAUUGUCGAUCUUGCAGACCGAGGGCGUGACCGGCACCUCGCUUGCUCUAGUCACCAAGACACCGACUACAGUCGCCGUCGCCGUACCCACGGCCACAUCGACUGUCACGGUUGAAGGCGUUGCAAUCGUCCUCGGUCCCGGGGGCCAGCCCGUCGAAGAGCCCGUUCCCCAGGAUAUCUCCCAGCCGGGUGCUAUCGUCCCUACUUUCUCGUGGAACAUCUCCCCCAGUCCGAAUGCAACGGUUAUCAUCUACACCGCCCCACUCACUUCGCCUGUGACAUGGGCGUCCACCGUCACGAUCCCGCCGAAGAGCACUUCUCCACCCGCGGUCGUGACCGGUCCUCCAGGCGAUCGUGGCCGGCCUGGCUGUGGCGGCGGAUUGGGUGUUUGGUCCGUCUUGUUUGGCGGGAUCAUCCGAGGAUGUCCGCCUGCUGAUGUCGGCAUCCGCGGUGGAAUCACACCGGCGGUCGUCCCGCCGUUCGGAUGGACGGGUCCUUGGACGGAUCCAUUCGUUCUGCCCACUCCUGGUCCCGGUGCCAACAAUGGCCAAGGAAACACGGAGACGCAGACGACGAGCACGAGCACGACCACCUCGACCACAAUGAACGCGUGUCCAAUCCAGACGGCGUAUAGCUUGUCGGAUGACCCGGAAAAUGCUGAUUGGUCAGGUGAGGGGACAGAUCCUGACACAAGGCGUCGUAGGAGCCUGGGCGAGGAACCCCCGGCUAGGACUGCAGAGAAGAAGAUUGCGGAUACGUGGGCCAACAGCUCGGAUGUGGUCAAACGGGUGGGACGCGAGGCCGGUGUCCCCAUCUGCGAUAUCGUGUACAACUCGCCCAACCCAGUCAAUCUCGUCGUAGGACCGUAUCUUCACGUUCCUUUAGCUGCUGGCGGUGGGACUAGUGUCACUCUCGUCAACACGCCCGGUCAAACGAAACCGCUCAAUCCUCUGGUGUCCUCCAAUCGCAAGUCGCCUCUUCCUCGCUUGUUCCCAAUCCAGCUCAUCCAAUCGGGUAUAUCAGCCAGGUAUGUCACUGGCCAGGGUUCUGUCGGCCCUCCAUCAAUGACCUAUUGCCAGUUCUUCACCUUUCUGGCUGGUCCAGGUGCCAACCAGGCUGCCAAUUGCGCGAGCAUUGGCAAUGAUAUUAUCAACGGUCCCGCCGUAGGAGGAGCGAUCGGUGCCCAACUUCUCGCAGCUAUUGAUAAUGUUGCCAACAUGGUUUGGGUUGACAAACCAAUGAAUCAAGGCAUGUGGGCCAAAUCUAACGUGGUCAACCGCAAUACGCUUACCCUAGACAAUCCUCCCCAACUCGACAACAUGCUCAAAUUCAUCAGCUUCACUGAGGCGCAAAGUCUACAGCUGAUGCGGGAUACGGAGUUUUUCUUGCGCAACAUUGCUGCAUUGGGCGAUUAUUUUGCUGCAACAGCUCCCAUCUUCGCUGCCACGGCAGCGCAAUUCCAGCAGAUUCUUUCGAAGGCUACACCGAGUGUCGUGUUCGAUCCGACGGCAAGCUUGCCGCUCAUCUUCUACAACUGGCUAUCGAAUUUGUUGUCUGCAUACCCCAACGGCUGCACAUUCCGGGCAAUCAACACGUGGAACUACUACAGGUCUGAACUUGCUCGAUUGAACACCAUCUCAGUGCUCACAUGCGCCGACAGCGACAGUAUUGAUGACAUUGCCCAGGCUUCGAACCAGCCAGCUCCGAAUUGCUUACCGUUGUACAGACUGAACCAAUACACGCCCUCGACCUUCAAUUUCCAGAAUCUGCUCCCCCCUGCGCCGAACCUGCCGCGCUGCAAUGUUCCCGGGACUCUGGGCUCGGUGGGGUAUGUGGAUUCUGGCGGUAAUGCAAUUAGCUCGCUUCCGGGAGCGGUAACCGAGCAGAUCAUGGGUUCGGGCGAUACGCAACUUCAAUAUUACGCCGUGGGGUCGGGCCAGUCCGUGGUCGACACGCACUACCAAGCAUUCUCUAUGGCAGGCGCCAGUUGCGCGGGCGUUUACAACAUCCACGAAGCCGCGCCGGGGCAGGGUGCUGUCGCCGACGCCUUCAUCGUCCUGAACUGCGGCACGAAUACCGGCAAGCAGCAGGUCGACUUCAACUUUGUCGUCGCGGGGCUGACGGGGCAGCUGGCGUGCGCGGCGCAGCCGAUGCCGGGCGGGACGAACAUCCUGUGUAGUGCGACUGUGGCCCAGGCGUUGAGCUGUGCGGCGGCCAGUCCGUUCGGUGCGCAGAGUGUGCAGAUGCGCUGGUUUCCGCAGUAGACAGUAUGUAUUGCAUGCACAUACGGUUGAGUAGCACAAUCGAGUUCUCAUACUUCCUUCGUUGGAACUCCUCGAUAGUCGGCAACGGUGCGGAAUGAGCCUGUCUUGAUUACUGGGAUCACGUUUCCCCGCGCGGGCGAGAGUGUGAGCCAGUGUCAAA